GCCUCGUGAUACUUAGCGAUCGUCAAAAACCCCCACCCUGCGACAAGUUUCGAUAGAUGAUAAUUCUAUCUUAACUCUUUCGUAACAACUGAGGAUAAUGACACGGUUCAGGCCAUGUAUAGACCUGCAUGCAGGUCAGGUUAAGCAGAUUGUGGGCGGAACCCUCGAUAGCUCUACCGCCGAGCUCAAGACGAAUUAUGUUUCGCAACACUCCGCGGGUCAUUUUGCUAGUCUAUAUAGAGAACAUGAGCUCGAAGGCGCGCAUGUGAUUAUGCUAGGUCCCGGAAAUGAGGAAGCUGCAAAGGAGGCUUUAGCAGUAUGGCCGGGUCAUCUUCAGAUCGGAGGAGGGAUCAAUGAUCGGAAUGCAGCUACAUGGAUGGAGCUAGGUGCCAGUAAGGUCAUUAUCACAUCUUUCCUCUUCCCAGAGGGGAAAUUCAGCCAGGAGCGGCUAGAUGCUGUACUGGCUGUCCUUGGGGGGCAAAAAGAAAGCCUCGUCAUCGAUCUUAGCUGUAGGCGGCGGGGUGACGAUAAGUGGUUCGUGGCCAUGAAUAAGUGGCAGACGAUUACGGAUAUGGAGGUGAAUCAAGAAUCUAUAAAAUCUCUAGAGCCAUAUUGCUCUGAGUUCCUCAUCCACGCUGCCGACAACGAGGGUUUACAAAAAGGCAUUGACGAGCAGCUCGUCCAGAGACUUGCCGAGUGGUGUAGCAUACCGGUGACAUAUGCUGGCGGCGGGAGAAACCUUGAUGACCUAGAGCUGGUGAAGAAAUUAAGUGGCGGUAAAGUAGAUCUCACUAUUGGCAGUGCGUUAGACUGUUUUGGCGGUACAGGGGUCAAGUUUGAUGAUUGCGUUGAAUGGAAUGCUAAAUAAUAGGGGUAGUGACAAUAUAGGUAAUGAGCAUAACCCUCAAGCCAACAAACAAAGGAUAUUAAAAUAAAGCAAGAGAAAAGCUUGCUCAACAUGACGAGAAUACACCAAACAUGCAUCGACUUCACCUAUCCACGUCAAGGGUGAUGGGAGAUUCUGGUUGAACAUG